GUGGACGCGAGAUGACGCAUGACGCAUGCGCAGAACAGCACCGCUUCUACUUAGCAGCGUUGACCUUUCACCGGGUUUUAUUAGGCGUUCCGACGGGAUGGUGGGGAUCCGGUGUGACCUGCGCAGAUAGCGCGCCGAUACAUUGUUGCAGGUUAGAAACACGGAACAUUCCCUACAGAUGGACGUCGCGUGCGCGGUGUGUGUGUGUGUCGCUCCCGUGCUGCUGGCGCUCGUGACCGCGGCGGUGUACAGACUCGGCCUGAUCCACCAGCUGCUCCAUGAGACGGACAGGAAGAGUCCUCGGCAAGGGGGUGAGAGCGUGGCAGAAGUGCUUCAGGCUCAUGGCAUCAAGUUUGUCUUCACGUUGGUGGGCGGGCACAUCUCUCCCAUCCUGGUCGCCUGUGAGAAAGUGGGCAUCCGUGUUGUGGACACCCGGCAUGAAGCCACAGCUGUGUUUGCUGCUGACGCAGUAGCGAGGCUCUCUGGUACAGUGGGCGUGGCUGCAGUAACUGCAGGACCAGGCCUUACUAACACAGUUACUGCAGUGAAGAAUGCUCAGAUGGCAGAGUCGCCUUUGCUUUUGAUAGGUGGAGCGGCUGCCACCCUGCUACAGGGACGAGGAGCGCUGCAGGACAUUGAUCAGAUGUCCCUUUUCAAGCCACUCUGUAAGUUCUGUGCGUCUGUGAGGAGCGUGAGGGAGAUUGUGCCCACUGUGAGGAAAGCCCUGGCCAUCGCCCAGUCUGGCACACCAGGUCCCGUGUUUAUCGAGUUCCCCAUCGACACGCUGUAUCCGUAUCAUGUCGUAGAGAAAGAGUUUGCUCCUAAAAACGCUCCUAAAGGAAUCGUGGGAAAAAUUAUUUCAUGGUACCUUCACAAUCAUCUAACAAACCUUUUCGCUGGAGCAUGGGAAGUGCGGGACCUUUCCCCUCUGCCUGUGCAUGUACCUGAAGCUUCCAAUGAUGAGGUGCAAAGGUGUAUAGAGCUGAUAAGCAGGGCUAAGAAGCCAGUGAUUGUGCUCGGCAGCCAGGCGACACUCCCGCCAACACCUGUCGCAGAUGUCAGAAAAGCUCUGGAGUCUCUAGGCAUUCCCUGCUUCCUUGGUGGGAUGUCCAGGGGGAUGCUGGGUAAGGACAGCCCUCUGCAUAUCAGACAGAACAGAAGAGAUGCUCUGAAAGAGGCAGAUUUGGUGCUGCUGGCAGGCACGGUGUGUGACUUUAGGAUGAGUUACGGCAGAGUGCUAAACAGACGCAGUAAAAUAAUUGCGGUCAAUCGAGACAAGACUCAACUUCUGAAGAACUCUGACUUGUUCUGGAAGCCCACGGUUGCUAUUCAGGGUGACGUCGGUUCGUUCUUGCUGCAGCUGUCCAAGGGCUUGGUGGGACACAAAUGUCCUGAGGAAUGGGUUCAGUGCCUGAAGGAACGCGACAUCACAAAGGAGAAGGCGAACAGAAACAAGGCUAAGGAGAAGACUGAGAGGCAUCUGAACCCUCUGAGUGUCCUGCACCAUGUGGAUGAGCUCAUGAUGGAAGACAGUAUUAUUGUUGCAGACGGAGGAGACUUUGUAGGCAGUGCUGCUUAUAUAAUGAGACCCCGAGGACCCCUCUGCUGGCUGGACCCAGGGGCUUUUGGGACUCUUGGUGUAGGAGGAGGUUUUGCCCUGGGAGCAAAGCUCUGUCGUCCUGACUCAGAGGUAUGGAUUGUUUAUGGUGACGGUUCCCUGGGGUACAGCGUGGCAGAAUUCGAUACUUUUACCCGACACAAGACUCCUGUAAUUGCACUAGUGGGAAAUGAUGCUUGUUGGAGUCAGAUCUCAAGGGAACAGGUGCCUCUUCUUGGCAGCAAUGUAGCUUGUGGCCUUGCGUUUACAGAUUAUCACAUCGUUGCCGACGGAUAUGGCGGCAAAGGUUACCUGAUUGGCCGGGAAGAAGAGUCACGCCUUGACAACAUUAUUAAAGGAGCACAGAGGGAGUGUCAAGAGGGCAAGGCCGUGUUACUUAACGUACUCAUAGGGAAAACCAACUUCAGGGACGGUUCUAUUUCUGUGUAGAGACCCUGCGUGUGGUCCUGACUGCUGACUGAAACCCUGAAAGCAUUUCACUUGCUGGUGUUUGUGCAUGAUGAAAUAGUGUGCAUUAAACAGAAAGGAGAAAUGAAUAGAUGGGUAAAGAACAGAAGGAGACAAGAGAUCUGCUUGUGGCUCUUGGUGAUGAUCAUUUCAAAGUUAUUGCUGUUUUCAGCUAAGGAAGGUUUUAUUUUUCUCUUUUAUGCUUUAUUCAGGAUUUUUUUUUUAAGGUUUCUUGAGGAUUUAUUAUUCAUAUAUGAAAAGGGAAAAAUUAAUUUUAAGUAACAAUGUUUAAUUUAGACUAAAUUAUGAUUCAUCAUUACAGGAUUAAUAUUAUUUCGAGAUUGUGGAGCUCGGUCUUUAGAUUAAUUUGUUUUAUUAAUUUGUUUGUUUGUAGUAAUUGAACUGUUGAGUCCCGAGAAAGCUAAACUAUGCAAUGUUAAUGUUUUUGAUGGGGACUGAACUAAUCACGUUAAAAUAAUUAAACGUGUUGAAUAUUGCAGGAAAUCAUUGCUGUGUUCAGUGAUGGACCUAAAUAUUUAAAUGCAAUCACGACAUCUUACAGUCUCACAUUUGAUCCGAUUACCAUGCUAGCAUAAUGAAAAGCCUCCACACAAACAUUUACUGUUCCAGCAAUCAGUAAUGAAAAGCAUGGUUAAUUCUGUGUAAGGGGAAAAUAAAGGUUGGACUCAUGAAACA